AUGGAGGCCCAUAUACACACCAGAUCAGAUUACACUCCUCCUUCCCGCACGUCACUGUGCUUCGACCACGCGCAGACGACCAUGUCCAUGCUUCUUCUUCCUCCCAGCAGCAGCAGAAGCAUGGCGCCUCCUCCGGCCCUCCGCUCCCCGCGCGCGCCUAUCUCUCCACGGACGGAAUCACCCAGACGACAUGCCAUAGCACGGUGUGACACUUCACGGACCACGCCAAGAAUAUCUGAAACUGAACCUACGCUUGCUCAACCUUCAGCACCUGUCCAAGGUGCUACCGCCCCUCUGGUUCAGGCACUGAAAUCAACUGCAGCCCAAGACGUGUCCUGUUUUCACUUCCCUGGACACAACCAAGGGAAAGCUGCUCCUUCUUCGAUGUUGGACCUUAUUGGCGCGGGCGCGUUUUCACAUGACUUGCCCGAGCUACCCGAACUCGACGACCUCUUCUACCCUAAUGGUGUGAUUUUGGAUGCUCAGAACCAGGCAGCUCAACUCUUUGGGUCAUCUAAAACAUGGUUCCUGGUCAAUGGGAGUACCUGCGGAAUCCAGGCCGCGGUGAUGGCCACCUGCUGCCCUGGUGACUACAUUGUUGUGCCUCGAAACUGUCACAUCUCAGUGAUCUCUGCCCUGGUUCUGUCCGGUGCUGUGCCUAAGUAUAUAGUACCAGAGUACAAUUCUGCAUGGGACAUUGCUGGUGGUAUUACGCCGUCACAGGUGGAUAAAGCACUGAAGGAGCUUGAGAAGGAUGACAAGAAAGUAGGUGCUGUUCUUGUUACUUCGCCGACCUACCAUGGCAUAUGCAGCGAUGUGCAAUGUAUCGUCGAUGUUUGCCAUCCUUUACACAUUCCGGUUAUAGUUGAUGAGGCUCAUGGUGCGCACUUCAGGUUCCAUCACAGUUUUCCAAGCACGGCGAUAGAGCAAGGUGCUGACUUAGCUGUGCAAUCCACGCACAAGGUUCUGAACUCUCUUACACAGUCCUCGAUGCUUCACAUGGCUGGAGGUCUGGUUGAUGCAGAUAAAGUGAGCCAAUGCCUCCAGUUGCUCCAGAGCUCAAGCCCAAGUUACCUCCUACUGUCAUCAUUAGAUGCUGCAAGAGCUCAGUUGAGCGAGAACGCUAAAUCUUUUGAUGAACCGGUGGCUAUGGCUUUAGAAACAAGAGAUCAGCUGAUGGUAAUCCCGGGGUUAUCUGUCCUGGACUUGUCAUGCUUUGCUUCUGACUUCCCUGCCAUUGAUCCUUUGCGUGUCACACUAAGUGCUUCAGAUCUACAUUUAUCUGGAUACGAGGCAGAUGACAUUUUGGAAGAGCAUCAAAUUGUAUGUGAGCUUGUCGGAACACAGGCGGUGACGUUUGCAGUCAACUUAGGGACCAGAAGGCAAGAUGUUCAAAAACUUGUACAGUGUGCAAAGCAUCUCUCAGAUAAAUACAUAUCUGCAAACGAAUCGAGAUUUAGUAAGCAUAACUAUGUUUGUAGCCCAUUGGAUAAGUUCUUUGUCAAGCUGCCUCCAAGAGAGGCCUUCUUUACAAAGAAAAGAAGAGUGUGCAUGGAGGACAGCCUUGGGGAGAUUUGUGGUGAGCUUAUCUGCCCGUAUCCACCAGGUAUCCCUGUGCUGAUACCCGGUGAGGUCGUAACUCAGGAUUCGCUGUCUUACUUAGUAAACGUCAGAGACCAGGGCAUGACAAUCAGUGGAGCAGCUGAUGGUGAACUCAACUCAAUCAUGGUAUGCAACUUGUGA